CAACAACACUCAACGCCAGAGAAAAAAUAAAAGCAUGACGCGUUUUUUUCGUUGUCAAGCUCUUACGUUAAAGCUCUCUGCACCUACUUUUCCCCCAAAAGGAUAAAAUCAAAACAUUUGAAGUAUUCUAUUCUAAUUCACGCAUCUGAUUCCAUUUUCUCUUUUAUGCGGAGCUCGCGAUUUCGCCCAAACACUUCUGGUUCAUUCCAGAAUAAUCGGUGGUGGUCAGUAGUCUUAUCGUUGUUCGUCGGGCUCAUAGCGAGUAUACAGAGAGUGUGGAGUAAGUUUGUGACAAUGGGUUGGGGAAACAUUUACAGGAGGAGGAUGAAAGUCUUCUCUGUUGCUAUAAUCAUCUACUUCGAUUACAAGAGUGUUCAGCAGAGAGAGAAGUGGAUUAAGAAGUCCAAGGUUCCUGCUUUGUGGGAGAAAGCUCAUGAGCGUAAUGCCAAGCGAGUGUUGAAUUUGAUUGUGGAGCUGGAAGGGUUGUGGGUGAAGAUGGGGCAGUAUCUAUCCACUCGCGCUGAUGUUCUUCCUCAGGCUUAUAUUUCUCUUCUCACUCAGUUGCAGGACUCACUCCCUCCUCGCCCUUUGCAGGAGGUUUGUCGAACCAUUGAAAGAGAACUUGGGCAUUCCAUGGAAGUUUUGUUUGCUGAUUUUUCUGACGAACCUUUGGCAACUGCUUCGAUAGCACAGGUUCAUCGUGCUACUCUAGCUAAUGGCCAGGAUGUGGUUGUUAAAGUUCAGCACAAUGGCAUUAGAGCGAUUAUUUUGGAGGACUUGAAGAAUGCAAAGUCCAUCGUUGACUGGAUUGCUUGGGCAGAACCACAGUACGAUUUUAACCCCAUGAUAGAUGAAUGGUGCAAGGAAGCUCCUAGAGAACUAGACUUCAACAUUGAAGCUGAAAAUACUAGAACCGUAUCCAGAAAUCUUGGGUGCAAGAAGACAAAUGAUGAAGUUAGAAGUGACAAUCGGGUUGAUGUUUUAAUUCCAGAUAUAAUCCAGUCGUCUGAGAGUGUGCUCAUUAUUGAGUACAUGGAUGGAAUUCGCUUGAAUGAUGUGGAAUCUCUAGAUGCUUUCGGUGUGGAUAAACAAAAAAUCGUUGAAGAGAUCACUCGUGCAUAUGCCCACCAGAUUUAUGUUGAUGGGUUUUUCAAUGGAGACCCUCAUCCAGGAAAUUUUCUUGUUAGUAAGGAAGCACCACAUCGUCCUAUUUUACUUGAUUUUGGGCUAACGAAGAAACUUUCACAUCCCUUGAAACAAGCACUAGCCAAGAUGUUUCUAGCAUCGGCAGAGGGAGACCAAGUGGCGCUCUUGUCUGCCUUUGCAGAAAUGGGACUGAAGCUGCGGCUCGAUCUGCCAGAUCAGGCAAUGAGUGUGGCAAGUCUCUUCUUCCGGUCUUCAACUCCAUCAAAUGAAGCUGUGAAAACGCUAAAAUCCUUGAACGAUCAAAGAACGCAAAAUAUGAAAGUUAUACAGGAAAAGAUGCAGCUCACCCCGAAAGAAGUUAAACGCUUCAAUCCGAUAGAUGCGUUUCCUGGCGAUAUUGUGAUUUUUGCAAGGGUCAUUAAUCUACUCAGAGGACUUUCAUCCACUAUGAACGUUCAGAUCGUUUAUCUGGACAUCAUGAGACCAUUUGCCGAAUCUGUUCUGUUGGGGAGUAUCAGUCGAGGACCAACAGUAGACACUUCUUGGAUACAUGACUCGCCUGUCCAUUCCGAUGUAGAGUCCAAACUGAGGAAGCUGCUCAUUGAACUUGGGAGUAUCAAGAAAAUACUAGGAAUUCAGGUAUGUGCAUAUAAAGAUGGGAAAGUCAUUAUUGACACUGCUGCUGGAGUACUUGGGAGAUAUGAUCCUCGUCCAGUUCAACCGGACAGUUUAUUUCCUGUUUUCUCUGUGACAAAAGGUAUCACUGCCGGCAUGAUACACUGGCUUGUCGACCAAAGAAAACUCCAGUUCGACCAGACUGUAGGAGAUAUAUGGCCAGGGUUUGGAUCAAAUGGAAAAGAGACCAUAAAGGUCCAUCAUGUGCUUAACCAUACGUCUGGGCUGCACAACGCCUUUGACCCUAUAGGAGAAAAUCCUCUGCUUAUUUGUGACUGGGAUGAAUGUUUGAAACGCCUUGCUAAUUCAUCACCUGAAACAGAGCCUGGCAGUCAGCAGUCUUAUCACUAUCUCACGCUUGGAUGGCUAUGUGGUGGAAUCCUUGAGUAUGCUUCUGGAAAGAAAUUCCAGGAGAUCCUUGAAGAAUCCAUUGUAAAACCCUUAAAGAUCGAUGGAGAACUGUACGUUGGUAUCCCCCCAGGUGUUGAGUCUCGGCUUGCCACAUUGACGCUGGACACCGACGAACUAAACAAGAUUCCGUCCAUUCCUAGUCAGCCUGAACUUCCUUCGACAUUUCAACCAGUGCAGAUCUUUCAAAUAGCAAGCAGCUUGCCAGUCUUAUUUAACACAUUGAAUGUGCGUAGGGCCACAAUCCCUGCGGCUAAUGGACAUUGCUCGGCGCGUGCACUUGCUCGGUACUACGCAGCCUUAGCAGAUGGCGGUCUAGUACCACCACCACAUUCCUCUUUAUCCCAGCCACCACUUGGCAGCCACAACCACGUUCCGAAAUUCUCAUCGGUAAAUGACACAAUGAAAAAGAGAAAGGGUAAGGGUAAAGAGAUGGCAGCUACAGAGAAGCUUAAACCAAAAGAUCACAAAGAGAAGAAGUUCUAUGACGACAGAGAUUCAAGCAUAGAAAGUUUAGGCAGGCUAGUCAAUGAUACUAGCAGUUCUGCUGGCAAAACUGAGAUCAGUAGCAAUGAUCAUCAAGAUGAUAUUCACAAUAUGUUUAGCAAUCCAAGUAUCCAUGAUGCUUUUAUGGGUACUGGAGAUUACAGUGGCUUAGUACUUCCUGAUGGGAAGUUUGGACUUGGUUUUAAGCGUGUCACUUCAGAAGAUGGGUCUUUAGUUGGUUUUGGACAUUCGGGGUUGGGAGGAUCAACAGGCUUCUGUGACAUCAAAAACAGAUUCUCCAUUGCAAUAACACUCAACAAGAUGUCUAUGGGAGGUGUUACGGCUAAUAUUGUCAGGCUGGUUUGCUCAGAGUUAAAUAUCCCCAUGCCUAAGGACUUCUCUCUUUCAAGUGGUAUGGAUCCUGUAAUCAACUAAGGUUGGUUUUCUAUGUAAGUUUUGUCUGCUCAUGUUACAACAUACAAAGAGGUCCUUAGAAUCGCCUCAGAUAUAGCUGGAAAGUAUAGUGUAAUGAUCAGUGGAAUAUAAUGUAUUGUCUUUAUAUAUUUUAUACAUACACAUCUAUAACCCAAUAUUCACAUUUUCUGGAUCUCAAGUAAUAAAAGUAUAUGUU